AUGUCUCGUUUCUUUGCCUCUGGUUAUAGCUCAGAUUCAAGUUCUGAAGAAGAUUUGGUUUCUUCUUCCGAAGAAGAACUUUUAUCUUCCUCUGAAGAAUUGUCAACCGAUUCCGAAUUUGCCAAUGAUUCCGAUGAUGAUUCCGAUGAAGAUAAUAACUCAGAUUCCGACGAUUCUGAUGGUGAAAGACCCACAGGACCAGCCUAUUUCUUAAAGAAAUCGUUCCUUAAGGGUGCAGGCGGAGAUUCCGACUCAGACAGUGAAGAUGAAGGCAAGAGAGUUGUGAAGUCCUCUAAAGAAAAAUUAUUAGAUGAAAUGAGAUCCUUCGUUGACGCAAUUGCCACUGCUCGUCGUUCAGGUGACUGGUCCACUGUUUUGACCGAAUUCGAUAGAUUAAACCGUCAAUUAAUCAGAGCCACUCAACAAAACAUUACUAUUCCAAACUUCUACAUUAAAUCAUUGGCCGAAACAGACGAUUAUAUUACCGAGACUGCUGCCAAUGAAAAGGAAAGUAAGAAGAAGAUGAACGCUGCCUUAGCUAAGGCCUUCAACACUGUUAAGCAAAGAGUCAAGAAGCAAUUGAAGGAAUACCAACAAGAAAUUGAAUUGUUUAGAGAACAACCUGACUUAUUCGAUAAGGAACAACCACUCGAUGACUACUUGAAGCCACUCGAAGGUGAUGAAACUAAUAACCAAACACUGACCCCAGAGAUUGACUCCCAAAGAAUCUUAUCUCCAACUUUCACUACUUUAAGAGUUAUUUCUGAAAGCCGUGGUAAGAAGAACGUGGACAGAUUUGAACAAAUUCAAGCUUUGGAAGAUUUGAUUGUAAAGAUAAAUGAAUCUUCUCCAGCUUCCACCAAGACUUUUGAAUUAAUCUCAUCUUAUCUUAUGUUGUUAUCCAUUAGAUUCGAUGCAUCUUCCAACUUCUUGUUCAUGCCAACUGACCAAUGGACUAAGAGUGAACUUGAAGUCAACUCAUUGUUAGACUUGUUAAACGAUGUUUCCAGCACUUACCAAGUUUCUGAAUUAGGUUCCAUAACUGAUGAUUUGGAUAUUGAACCAGUAGCCAACAACCAAGGUGUUAAAGUUAUAUCCGGAUCUAUUACUUCUUUAAUUGAAAGAUUAGAUGAUGAAUUCACCAGAUCAUUACAAAACUCUGAUCCUCACUCAUUGGAUUACAUCGAAAGAUUAAAGGACGAGAACAAGAUCUAUCAAUUGAUUGUUAGAGGACAAUUGUACUUGGAGUUAACCACCCCAGUGGAAGUCAGAGCAACCGAGCAAGGUGAGUCUUUGGCUAGAAUUACCAGCAGAAGAUUAGAACACAUCUACUAUAAGCCUGAUCAAUUGAUCACUGCCAUUGAACAACAAGUUUGGAGCAAUAUCCCUGAAAGUGCUGAUUCACAAAUUGUUUCUAAAAAUGCAUCACCUUCCGAGUUGAUUGAUAGUUUAUCGCAAUUCCUUUCCAAGCAAUCUCACUCCGUCUACAAGAAGAAAUCCGUACUUUGCACAGUCUACUACUAUGCUGUCAAUAACAAAUAUCAAGAAGCUAAGGCGCUAUUCUUGGACCCACAACUUUAUUCACAAAUCCACAAGACUGAUUCUACCAUUCAAGUUAUGUAUAACAGGGCAUUAGUUCAAUUAGGAUUAAGUGCAUUCAGAUCUGGAUUUAUUGAAGAAUCCCAUCUAACAUUAACUGAAAUUGCAAACACCCAAAGAUUAAAGGAAUUAUUGGGACAAGGUUUCAGUACCAAAUAUCCAAAUCAAGCCACCACAGCCGAAAAGCAAAAGUUAUUGCCAUUCCAUAUGCAUAUAAACUUGGAAUUAUUUGAAUGUGUUUACAUGACUGGUACCUUUUUAUUGGAAAUUCCAGCUAUCGCUGCUUCUUACGAUAGUUCCAACAAGGACAACAGACGUAAGACUUCUAUAAAAUCAUUCAAGAGUAAAUUGGAAUUCUAUGACAAGCAAUAUUUCACUGGCCCACCUGAAAGUAUUAAAGAUCAUGUUGUUCACGCUGCCAAGGCUUUGCAAAAGGGUGAUUGGUCUAAGAGUUAUGAGUUAUUACUGUCCAUCAAGAUUUGGAAAUUGUUCCCAGAUAAUGAAUCAUUAUUGGCUAUGAUGAAGAAUCAAUUACAAGUUGAAGGUUUAAGAACAUACAUCUUCACCUAUCAAUCUAUUUACUCUAAGUUAUCUAUUUCCAAAUUGAGUACUAUUUUUGGUUUAGAUACUGUUGAAGUUUAUAAGAUUGUUAGAAAGAUGAUUCGUGGUGGAGAAAUUAGAGCCAGCUUAGGAGAAGUAGUACAAGAACAACAAGAAGAACAAGAACAAGAACAAGAAGAAAAGGAAGGUAACCAAGAAGAAGAAGAAGAUGAAGAACAAGAAGGCGAACAACAGGAAGAACAAGUUUCUGAGGCUAAGGAUGAAUUUGACGAUAACGAAGUGCCAGCUGAAAUUCCAAAUUUCCUUGUCUUCAUCUCUAAGGAACACCAAAGAACUAGAUUGCAAGAAUUAGCAAUUGUGAUGAACGAAAAGGUUGGUCUUGUGACGGAAAAGAAUGAAAAGACCGCUGCUAAUGGUCAUGGUAGAAAGCUGCAGCAACAAGUCCAACAGCAGAAGGAACAAAGAGAGCAGAAGGAACAAGAAGAAAACAGUAGGUUCAGAUACGCAAGUGUCAAUACUAAUAAUGAUGAGUUUCAAUAG